CGUGCACUGUGUAGGGAGCAGGAGCCCGUUUAGGACGCGGCCCUGAUCCUCUCCGGUCCGGGUUCGGUUGUGACAGCGCGCGUGCGGUAAAUAAAAAGCCGCACACAAACAGCGGAACGAGCGGAAAUGUUGCACACGGAGCGUUUAGUGCGCGACUGUCUGUGGGACGCUGUGUGUUUAUCUGUAGGGACGUGUCGACGUGUAUAAACGUGUAUUAACGUGUAAACAUCUGGUCCAUGUGGCGGUUCCCGGACUUUAAUCCGAGCGCCCGGUGCGUUUUGUUUAAAGGUUUUAAAACAAAAGUUUAUUUCCAGCAGAAUAAUCUUUAUUGUGAUGAGGAAUAAAGCCGAAGCGCUGUGUGUGUUUGUUCCGGCACUAACUCUGUCCUGUGGACUUUGUGUGACUGAUUUAUUCUCGGUGUAAACAGCGCUCUUUGUUCUGAGACGCAGACCCUCAGCUCCACUCUGUUUCUUCACAUCCCACUGUUGAGGCAGCUGACAGCAUGUUUCCGUUUCUCCAUGGCAGUGUGGUGCUGAGUGAUGCUGAGAUCCUCGCUCUGAGGUUGUGAUGCUCACCACACACUCCAUCAGUCCUUUAUGAAUCCACUUUCAUGCCCCGGUCCGGUCGUGCCGCAGUGCUGUGGCUCCUGACUCGUGAGGGCUGAUGAGUGUUUGGGAGCAAUGGAGCGCUGCAAGCAUGUGGUCCGUCUCCGUUUGGGACAAGAUCACUCCAUCUUGAACCCUCAGAAAUGGCGCUGUGUGGACUGCAACACCACAGAGUCCGUGUGGGCCUGUCUCAAAUGUGCGCACGUGGCUUGUGGUCACUACAUCGAAGAGCACUCGUUGCAGCACUACCGCGAGACACAGCACCCGCUCGCCAUGGAAGUGCGAGCGCUAGAUGUGUUCUGCUUUGCGUGUGGCGAUUACGUCCUAAACGACAACGCAGAGGGCGACCUGAAGCUCCUGCGGGGGGCGUUGUCCACCGUGCGGGAUGCCGGGCGCCGCUCCAUGCGUUCUGCGUCGUCGUCGUCACACUCGGUGGGCAGCGACGGGGCAGGAACUGUGCAGGUGGCACUAAGGCACCGGAGACGUGUGCUGUUAGGAACUGCUUUUCGGCACUGGAGGACACGGCAACAAGACGAGCAGAAAAAACUGGAACAGGAGAAGGAGGAACUUCGGCGACAACGUAAGGAAAUGAAGAAAAGGAUCAUGGGAGAUGACGGAAACGCACCGCCAAGGAAAAGCGCACGCCUUUUAACACAGGCACCGCGGCCGCUAAUUGCGCUGAUUCCAAGAAAAUUCAGAGACCCACCUGAAAAAGUGCCACUUCCCAGCAAGACUUUGUCAAAAAAUCCCAGAAAAGUGCUCCGUACUGUGAAACCGGGCGUGGCAGGAAAGCGGGCCAAGUCAUCGUUUCUGUUAGCACGGCGCAGGCGAUUAGCGCCGGGUGUCACAGGACUUCGUAACCUAGGCAACACGUGUUACAUGAACUCCAUCCUCCAGGUGCUGAGCCACCUGCGUAAGUUCAGGGAGUGUUUCCUUGCACUGGAUCUGUGUGAGACGGAGCAGCUGCUGCUUGCCAAAACUCAAGGCAUGAUGGAAGGAGAAAAACUGGUGCAGCCCAAAGACCCUCGCUCUUCAUCUUUAUCCGGCCAGCAGGUAUCUCUGUGCCAGGAGCUGCACACUCUGUUUAGGGUGAUGUGGUCCGGCCGCUGGACGCUCGUUUCUCCUUUCGCCAUGCUGCACUCCGUGUGGAACGUCAUCCCGGCGUUCCGCGGCUGUGACCAGCAGGACGCGCAGGAAUUCCUGUGUGAGUUGCUAGAUAAAGUGCAACAAGAGCUGGAGGCUGAUGGCGGCUACGGUGCGAAACGGCAACACACACGCACACGCAUCGUUAUCCCUAUCACACAGAGGAAACUCUCCAAACAGGUGCUCAAAGUCCUCAACACCAUCUUCCAUGGCCAGCUGCUCAGCCAGGUGACGUGUCUGUCCUGUAAGCGCAAGUCAAACACGGUGGAGCCCUUCUGGGAUUUGUCUCUGGAGUUUCCUGAGCGUUAUCACAGUGUGGCUAAACUGAGCCAAGUGUCCUCUCAGAGCUGCUCUCUCACAGAGAUGCUGAGCAAGUUCACUGAAACCGAGGCUCUGGAGGGAUGUAUCUACAACUGUAACUACUGCAACAGAAAAAGACGCAAGUCGUCCCACAAGCCACUGGCUCUGUCCGAGGCCUGUAAACAGCUGCUGAUUUAUCGUUUACCUCAGGUGCUGCGGCUUCACCUAAAACGCUUCCGCUGGUCGGGCCGGAACCACAGGGAGAAGAUCGGUGUUCAUGUGGCAUUUGAUCAGGUUCUGAACAUGGAGCCAUACUGCUGUCCUGACGCAUCACAGGUCUUCACCUACGACCUCUCUGCUGUAGUGAUGCAUCAUGGGAAAGGCUUCGGCUCAGGACACUACACGGCCUACUGCUACAACACGGAGGGGGGUUUCUGGGUCCACUGUAAUGACUCUGAGAUGAAUGUGUGUAGCGUGGAAGAGGUCUGCAGCACUCAGGCGUACAUCCUGUUUUACACACAACGCUCAGCUUAAAGAGACUCAACAAACCCACACCUGGGUGUAGUACUGACCGAACAAUCCAACCUGUGUGUGUCUAGAACAGGCCUUACUUCCGUGUGUGUGUGUGUGUGUGUGUGUGUGUGUGAGAGAUACAGAGAGAGAGAGAGACAUGCCUAUCCUAGCCAGCACACAUGUUUAGGUCAGGUCUGAUUAGCCGUCACACGGCUCAGCUGUAUUUUUUCACUGAGGUAUUUUACAAUAAAGACGAGGUUCAUCACUCAUGGCACUUUUCAGCUGAUGUGGAGCAGGAAUCGGUCCACAGCCGGUUCUGAGUGUUUACAGUAGGCCAGGCAGCAGCUUUACUCUGUCUUCUACAUAAACGUGUGUAUUCUGGACGUUACUCGUGAUACUAGUGAUGUCAUACACUCCCAGCAUGUGUCUGAUUUCAGCAGGAGUGUGACUUGGUUGUAGGUAAUGAUUGAACACACCAGCAAAAAAAAUGACCUAAAAGCCACUGUUGAGUGUUUUCACUAAUCAGCUUAUGUAUAUAAACCUUUAUAACAAUCGCUCCAGACGUCCGAGUUUUGUUUGUUUGUUGCCAUGGCAACAGCAGAUUUGAGCAGCUACACCUUCAGAAUGAAUAGAUUUAAUCAGGGUCUAUGUCUGUGAUCAUGUUGUAGAAGGCCGUGUGUUCGGGAAAUGAACACGUCUGCUGACGUAACCGUUCGGCUCUGUAAGCUUCGGCUUCGGCUCCACGUCUGUUGAAAAGUUGCAUCAGCUCUGACCUCAAGUUCGUUUUA